AUGCGGCUUGAGGUCGCGGUGAAUGAUGCCGCGCCUGUGCAGGCACUGCAGCGCCCGCAACACCUGCCGCACGUAGGAGCGGACAAGGUCCUCUGGCACGCCCGAGGCGAAGGAGCUGCCAACACCCCUCACAACGUCCGACAGGGAGCCUCCCGCAGCCCACUCCAAAAACAAGCGGGCGUGCCGCCGCCCCACGUGGUAGCCGAUGACGCGAAUAAUGUUUGGGUGGGUGACGCUGGAGAGCAGCUCAAACUCGCUGCGCAGCUCUUCGGCGCUGCCGCCGUCGCUACUUGCCGCCAGUCGCACCUCCUUCACAGCCACGACCUCGCCGGUGGUGAGGUUGAAACACUUGUAGACGCUGCCGCACCCGCCGCGUCCAAGAUACGCGACCCGCCUGUAGUGCUCACCCGUGCUCGUGACGAACACCUGCGAGGAGUCCUGCGAGGGGGAGGACAGUGCAUCCGAGUCCGCAUCCGCCACAGUCGCACGGUGCGGCGACCGCGUGGGCUCCACGCCAUUCCUGUUGCCGUGUUCAUCCUCGUCGUCGCCACCGCCGCCCUCGCUGCCCUCGCUGCCCUCGCUGCCCUGCUGGCGGCCACUGGCACGUGGCCGGCAGGCGGCAGGGAAGCCUGCUCCGUGCCUGCCGCCUUAGCCUCCUUGGGCGCGGCCAAAGCGCCGUCCCCGCCUGCGCUUUGCACGGGAACUCGACGACGCCACAGACGCGGCUCUCGCGGUUGCCGCCACACGCGCCCUGCGCCGGGCGUCAGUGGGGACAAGCACCGGCGUCGAUACUGCCAGAAGCGCACCGCAACCGAGAGGACGCAGCCCACCGACACGGCCCCCAGCGCCCACGGCAAAAACCCCCAGCCGCAGUCCUGA